CUAUAAAAGCCGGUGAUGUUGCUUGUCCCUACAGAUCAUCUUGGAGAAGUAGAAGAAACUCUUCUCUCUGCUCUGCGUUCUCUUCUUCCUCUGCUCUUCAUUCUCUUCUCUCUCUCUCUCUCUCUCUGCGCUUCUCUUAUGGCAGCUUUAGUUGUUUUGUUCGUGGGUCUUGUGGUUUUGGUGGGCUCGGUUAGCUCUGCAAAAUUUGAUGAGCUAUUCCAGCCCAGUUGGGCGUUAGACCAUUUCUCCUAUGAAGGAGAGCUUCUCAAGCUCAAACUUGACAACCACUCUGGAGCUGGAUUUCAAUCAAAGAACAAGUAUUUGUUUGGGAAAGUUACCAUUCAGAUAAAGCUUAUAGAGGGUGAUUCUGCGGGAACCGUUACUGCUUUCUACAUGUCAUCAGAAGGCCCAACUCACAAUGAAUUUGAUUUCGAGUUUUUGGGAAACACCACUGGAGAACCUUACUCAGUUCAGACCAAUCUCUACGUGAAUGGAGUUGGUAACAGAGAGCAAAGAUUGAACCUCUGGUUUGACCCCACUACGGAAUUCCAUUCCUACUCCAUCUUCUGGAACGAGCGCCAUGUUGUGUUUAUGAUAGAUGAGACCCCAAUUAGGGUGCACACUAACUUGGAAGAAAAGGGUAUUCCUUUCCCAAAAGACCAAGCCAUGGGGGUGUACAGCUCCAUAUGGAACGCAGACGACUGGGCCACACAAGGGGGUCGGGUUAAGACAGACUGGUCCCACGCUCCAUUCGUCGCUUCGUACAAGGGUUUUGACAUCAAUGCCUGUGAAUGCCCAGCAUCGGUUACAGCUGAUGACAUCGCUAAGAAGUGCAGGAGCUCAACCGAGAAGCGGUUCUGGUGGGACGAGCCAGUGUUGUCCGAACUUAACGUGCACCAGAGCCACCAGCUCAUGUGGGUUCGUGCCAACCACAUGGUCUAUGACUACUGCUCUGAUACCGCUAGGUUCCCAGCCGUUCCAACUGAAUGUAUCCACCACCGCCACUAGUCCAUGUUGGUCUUGGGGCAUUGUAAAAAGAAGAAAAAAGUGGAGCUGGGAUCGAAGUUAUGCAUGUCUUGUGUAUAAAAACAUGUUUCUCCAUGUUUUUUAAUUUUUGGUUAUGUUCGUUCUUUUGUUGGUUUACUCUUCCUUCUGAUGGGUGGUCUAUGUAGUUAAAAAUUCAGGGUUGUAUGAUAUGAUUAGUUUUCAAUAUGAUUUAGUUUCUACUUGCAAAA